AUCACAUCAAACACUAUGGAUCUGACCACCCUGGUGCUUGCUCUGGCUGCUGCCAUUGGAUCCUGUAUUGCGACCGGCCCAUUACUCCACUGUAGUCUGGCCAUUAAUAAUGCUGAUAUUUCUCAAAACAUCCUUCUUGAAUGGAACGAUGUCGAGGGUCUGUUGAUGGGAACCACUGCUCAUUAUCCACAGCAUGCUCUUGCGAUGGUAGCUCAACAAAUGCAACUACAGGAUAAUCCCAAACUCUCGGCAACCAACGAUGCUCUGCUUUCAAAAGUCUUUCCUGUUUCUGCCAGCCCUUUUCAACACCGUCCACUUGCAUUCAUUGUUCAACAGCGUCCUGUCAAUGUUGGCAUUCAGAACCCUGCCUAUCUGGUCAAAGCUUCGCCUGAAGAUAUCACUAGGGCCAUUUCAGGGCUUGAAAAAUCAAGCACACUUGAACAUCGUGUUUGGAUGAUGAAUUCGCUUGAUAAUGCUGAAUUAUCCCAGACUACUGAAGCAAAUGGGGAUAUCCUCGGUCAUUUGAGAGAUACACUUUGCAAUGGCAACUGUGAGCUAAAGGACGAUUCAGACUUUCUAAUGGAAGGAAUGGUACUUCAAAACGCAAUAUCUCUUGUUCGUAAACAAAAUCCUUCUGUAAACCGUCUGGUAAUUCAAUUGACUGCUCUAUCUGAUUCUACCAAAUGUGGAAGCACGCCAGAAAAGGCAAUAGCUAUUCAGGAUCGACUUUUGAAAGAUCUCAAACAUGCUUUUCGAUCUGUAUUUGGCGACUUGGCCACUGUUGCACAACUUUCUCUACCAUCUGAUGCAAAUCUUGGAGUUUUCUCUCAAACCACUCCAUUGUCUGAUCUUCAUAAACGCGCUGUUUUGCCAGCCUGUGCUGCCAGCGUUGAUGAAUGCCAAGCUCGAUACUCCAACUGCUCUAUGCAUGGUUCCUGUACUGGACAAGCUAAUCCAUCUAACCCAUCUACUCAAUGCUUUACCUGCUCGUGCACAUUGAGGAAAUGGACGGAUGAUGCUGGAAAUUUGGUACCAAAUUACAAUGGUGAUGUUGUCUGGACUGGCGAUUCAUGCCAGUACCAAGACAUCAGUUUUUCAUUUCAGAUUCUGUUUUGGUUCACUGUUGCAUCCAUUGUCGUAGUCAUCUACGUCAUUGCUCUACUUUAUGAUAUUGGAGAUCCCUCUACCACCAGCACAGGUGCACCUACUACUCGCACCAAAAUUGACUAGCACUAAGACUACAAUUUUUCAAUAUGCGCGAUGCUGAAACUGAUUUGAUAGAUGUAUCUGUCGACUGCUUUCUAAAUAAACAUUGAGCGGGUUAAAUUCAU